AUGGCUCAGAGCACAGAUGCUUCAAGUCGCCACGGGGGCACUCCCCGCUAUACUUCACCGCUCGAGGAUUACCUUGAUCGUUUCAACACCAAAUCCCCUCGGGUAUCGCAGAUCGAGUCGGUUCCUGACCCUGACUCCCCGAUGACUGAUGAUCCCAUUGAACUCGAUAAGGUACCAGAGACACCCCGAAAACGGAUUGCUAUCGUCGGUGGUGGCAUUUCUGGUCUUGCAGCCUAUUGGGCUUUGCAGAAGACUCAUCACGUUGUUGAGCUUUUCGAGAUGACCAAUGACCUCGGCACUCUAACAAGACCAAUUGCUGCUGGGACCCAGCCAAAUGAUGUGCACAUCAAUAAGAGCUUCAUUAAUUUCUUCCCAGGCACUUCCUCACACCUCCAAGAACUUUUUGGCAGAUUGAAGAUACCUUACAUCAGCACCCCGUUCAGCUUUUCAGUUGCAAAAAGAGAGAACGGCAAACAGUUCGAUAUGGGCUUUUCAUUUCUCAAAGUGGCGAAUUCUCGGGUCCGCGAUUGGCUGAGGUUGGAUACCUGGAAAUUGUAUUUCGACAUUUGGAGAUUCCAUUAUUUUUCUCUGGACCUCCUGAGAGGCAGGGAAGCAGUUCAAAAUGAUAUUCAGAUCAUUGUUGAGAGCAGAUGCCCUACUAGGCGGACAAUCGGUCAAUAUUUGAACGAGAAGCGUUACUCAAGUAUCUUCAUCAAGAAUUAUCUGGUGCCUAUGGCCCAAAUUGUGUGGAAUGUUCAAUCUGAGAAAGAUUUCCGCGAUCUUUCGGUCGAACAGUUCGUCGGCUUCCUGUGGAGUUCUGGUAUUAUGGCGUUGGCUCCAGAAGUAUAUAUCGUCGAACCAAGCACCAGAACUGAAGCAAAAGUUAGAAAGCGUAUUGUUCUACGCAGCAAAACUAAGGCAAUCCAUCUUCGCAGCAAAGUAACCACGGUUGAGGUUGUCCUCCGGAACGGCUGCCCCAAGCUACGUGUCUCAACCUUAGGAGAACCUGUACCUGUGCUCUAUGACUAUGUUAUAUUUGCCGUUUCCCCCGAGGAGGCUCUCCGUCUUUUAUCUUCCGGGGCAACUCAAAAGGAGCAGGCUAUUUUAAGCGCAUUUGAGACGACUAAAAUUGAAGCCUGGCUACAUUCAGAUCCAAGAUUUAUAUCAACCGGAAAUAUCUCAGCGUAUAUUAAUUGGGCCGACAGUUCGGCAUUUCCGCCCGGGAAUUUCAAUGCAUUCUCUGUGAGCUAUCGUUUAAAUUCAUUUGAUGCUUAUAACUGUCGUGAAAGUGCUUUAUGCAUCACACUUAACCCGAUAGUUCAUCCUAACCCGGCCAAAAUAGUGGCUCGAUGGGAGUACCGACGCCCACUACUCAAUGCCAAAGCGCUCAACGCACGUGAAAAACUUCACGAAAUUCAAAAUGUCGAGGACCGACACUUACUUUUCUGCGGCUCCUGGACAGGAUAUGGGCUGCAUGAGGAUGGAGUUCGGAGUGCUUUCCAGCUUGUGACUAGAUACCUCGACGCCAAACUGCCGUUCACAGUGAAUGAUUCUGCCAUAGAUUAUAAGCCACCUCGCCAAUUGAACUUCUGGGACUACUCGAUCAGGUCGAUUUUAUGGAUAAUUGACUGGCUGAUUGUGGCAUGUUCGCUCAUUGCCAUUCGAACACACGACGCGGUUAUUCGGAGGCUCCCCAUCCGCUAUGUGGAGCAGUCCCGGGAAUAUUAG